GAUGCCUCUUCUCUUCACUGGCCCUUCCACCAUGAGACUCUGUUUACUUCUCUCUACUCUCCUCCUUUUGACCCUCUUACCCCCAGUGAGAAGUGGCAUGGGUGCUGCUGAAAACCAUUGUCUCAAUCUGUCUGGCAUUUGCAGAAGAGACAUCUGCAAAUUAACAGAAGAUACAAUUGGUGCCUGCCGAAGAAGGUGGAAAUGCUGUAGACUAUGGUGGAUCCUUAUCCCAGUUCCAACACCUCUUGUCUAUUCAGAUUAUCAAGAACCCCUUAAACCAAGGAUUAAAUAAAACUAAGAAAAGCAUCAAAAGGAAAGCUCUUCGCAUCUAAGAAUAAUAUAAUACACAUAUUGAACUCCUUGGUCUUUAUACUUAGCUUGUA